AUGUCCUGGAUAGCCGCGGGGCUGGGGACAGCCACAGCAUGGGCAGACAAGCUCUGGAUCCGCGUUUCGACGCGGCUGCCCCACCGGCUCACGCGCGACCUCAUCCUGGGCCUCAGCAUCGGCAUAGCAUUCUCCCUCACCUCCACCCGCCUCGCCAUUUUCGCCCAGGAAUGGCGGCGUAGCCGCGCGACCAAGUCGAUCCCCCGGCGGCCCAUCGAGGUCCGCUCCGACGAGGCCGUGCCCGGUGUCGUCGGUCUGAUCGGCAAUACGCCGCUGGUGCGCAUCAACUCGCUGUCGGACGCCCUCGGCGUGGAUAUCUUUGGCAAGGCCGAGUUCCUCAACCCAGGCGGAAGCGUCAAGGACCGUGUGGCGCUGCGUAUCAUUGAAGACGCCGAGGCACGCGGUCUUCUCCACCCGCACACCGGCAGUGUCCUCUUUGAGGGCACCGUCGGCUCGACGGGCAUCUCGCUCGCGACCGUCGGCAAGGCCAAGGGCUAUGAGGCUCACAUUAUCAUGCCGAGCGACGUCGCCAUUGACAAGGUGCUCGUUCUGGAGCGUCUCGGCGCGACCGUCGAGCGCGUGCCGCCCGUCUCGAUCGUGGACCAAAACCAGUUUGUGAACCUCGCACGCCGCCGUGCACACGAGUUUGGCAAUGUCGACCUGCCGACAAACAGCACCACCGACGACAUUGUUGUGUCCACCACCGCGACCGAUGACGACGUCCACGGCGCCCCGACGCCGCGCCACCGCGAUGCCGUCGAGCACAAGCCGCGCGGCUUCUUUGCAGACCAGUUUGAGAACUCGUCCAACUUUGACGCACACUUCCGCGGUACGGGUCCCGAGAUUCUGCGCCAGACUGGCGGCCACGUUGACGCGUUCGUCUCGGGCGCCGGCACCGGCGGUACUAUCAGCGGCACGUCGGCGGCCCUAAAGCGCGCCGUGCCCGACCUCAAGGUUGUGCUUGCCGACCCCGAGGGGAGCGGCCUGUUCAACAAGGUCAAGUAUGGUGUCAUGUUUGCUUCACAGGAGAGCGAGGGCACCAAGCGCCGCCACCAGGUCGACACGGUCGUCGAGGGAAUCGGGAUCAACCGCAUUACGCACAACUUUGAGCUGGGCGAGGCCAUUAUCGACGACGCGUAUCGCGUCACGGAUGCCGAGGCCGUUGCAAUGUCACGAUACCUCGUCGCCAACGACGGCUUGUUCCUGGGCAGUUCGAGCGCUUGCAACCUCGUUGCGUGUGUAAGGCUGGCCAAGACCAUGCCUCGCGGCGCUCGCAUCGUGACCAUCCUGUGCGACUCGGGUGCGCGCCACCAGACCAAGUUCUGGAGCGACGAGUACCUUGCCAAGCAUGGCAUCCCCAUCGACGUCGGUAUGAUUGCCGACCUGCUCGCGGCGUAG